AGUGUUAGUUCGCCUUCGCCCUUCGUUGCCGUCAAAAGGAAGAAAAACAAACGAAACAUCGUCACCCACCUCCACGCUCCAACCCUCUACUUCUACUGUUCCUACGCGUCUUCUUCCCCUUAUCUUUUUUCUUGCACAAUUUUCCAUCAUGCCUCAUCCCGAUCACAUUAACCCUCGAGAUGUUUGUAUCGUGGGUGUUGCACGAACGCCUAUGGGGGACUUCCUUGGUUCUCUUUCAUCUCUGUCAGCAACCGAGCUUGGAUCCUUAGCUAUUGAAUGUGCUCUACAAAGAGCUAACAUCGAUCCACGGCUAGUGCAAGAAGUUUUCUUUGGAAAUGUUCUCAGUGCAAAUUUAGGUCAAGCUCCUGCCAGACAGGCUGCAUUAGGUGCAGGAAUACCAGAUACAGUGAUUUGUACAACCAUUAAUAAAGUAUGUUCUUCAGGGAUGAAAGCAACGAUGAUUGCAGUACAGAGCAUUCAAGUUGGUGCUAAUGAUAUAGUAGUGGCUGGUGGCAUGGAAAGCAUGUCUAAUACACCUAAAUAUGUAGCAGGAUCAAGAAAGGGAUCUCGGCUAGGACAUGAUGCUGUCAUUGAUGGCAUGAUCAAAGAUGGCCUAUGGGAUGUUUACAACGACUUUGGAAUGGGAGUGUGUGGCGAGUUAUGUGCUGAGCAUUACAAGAUAACCCGAGAAGAUCAGGAUAACUAUGCUGUUAGAAGUUUCAAUCGUGGAAUUACUGCGCAAAAGAAUGGUGCCUUCAAAUGGGAAAUAGUUCCGGUGAAAGUUUCUGGGGGAAGAGGGAAGGCACCAACGAUUGUUGAUAAUGAUGAGGGUUUGACAAAGUUUGAUGCUACAAAAUUGAGGAAUUUAAGACCUAGCUUCAAGGUCAAAGGUGGUUCUGUUACUGCAGGCAAUGCUUCAAGUAUAAGUGAUGGUGCAGCUGCAUUGGUGCUAGUGAGUGGAGAAAAGGCAUCACAACUUGGAUUAAAAGUGGUUGCUAGAAUAAGAGGUUUCGCUGAUGCUGCUCAGGCCCCUGAAUUAUUUACUACUGCUCCAGCCCUUGCUAUACCAAAGGCUAUUUCAAAUGCUGGAUUGAAGGCUUCUCAAAUUGAUUACUAUGAAAUAAAUGAAGCUUUUUCUGUUGUGGCCUUAGCCAACCAGAAGCUGCUAGGAAUUGGUGAUGAACAACUUAAUGCUCAUGGUGGAGCUGUAUCCUUGGGACAUCCACUAGGAUGUAGUGGAGCGCGGAUUUUGGUCACCUUGCUAGGGGUAUUAAGGCAGAAGAAUGGAAGGUUCGGGGCUGCUGGUAUAUGCAAUGGGGGUGGAGGAGCAUCUGCACUUGUUCUGGAGCUCAUGCCAACUUCAAGGAUGGGUCAAUCCAGGUUGUGAGAAGGAGAUUGUGCUGUUUGACCAACUUAGCUACUAGUUAAUAUCGUCUUUCUUUCAAAAUGUUGUAAUAAACCAUUACAUUUUUUUUUCAUGCUUCAUUCACAUAACUACCGAUAUAAUGCAUUGUAACUUGAAUUUGUUAUUUACUAGGCUGUAACAUAUUGUGUGCUGCAA